AUGUUCUCCAAGACCUUCAUCGCUACCCUCCUCGCCAGCUCUGCUGCUGCAUCCCCAAUUGUCUCAGCACGUGCUGCAGGCGAUGCUUUCGGCCUUAUCUCCAUCAGAUCUGGUUCUGAUAUCCAAAACCAAGCCAUCACCGCUUCCGGAGGUCGUCUCUGGAUCGGAAAGGAGACUGCCUCAUACUGCCCUGAUACCGUCGUCACCGACUGCCCUAACGGUACUUCCACAACCUUCGUCGCUGGUGAAAGCAAUCUCGGUUUGAACACUGAAGUUCCAGGAGGUCAACAAGUUUACAUCGCAACUGAUUCUUCUGUAUCCUACACCAUACCUCACUCCGGCGACAUCCACGGUGGAGUUGCCUCUGGAUGGAAAUACACCGCUGGAGAGAACGGAUCCCUUGGAUCCUUGUCUUUCCCUGGCUACGGAUUCAUUGCUUGCCCUGGCGAGGGUGCCGGUGUCUACGGCAUCUUCCUUACUCCUGGUGGAGCUGCUACUGGAAACUGCACUGGCAUCUCUGUCGCUACUGUCCCAUACACCGGUGAAGGACCUUCCGCUUGGGAGUACGCUUAA